UGACAAAGACCCGGAAGCGCAAAUAAUAAUUCAAGAUGUCGCAGCACGGAAUUAUCAGCGAUUGAGUUCCCUUUUAAGAUUUUUCUUUUGUUUUGCCUAUGAAUAAAAAUACACAAUGGAAAAACACGACAAGACGGACGUCGGGUCCAUUCCCGGAACCUUGCCUGAUUUCAGAGGGAAUGACGGUUCUCUUGUCUCUGUGCUCAAGACACUAUUGUUUUUCACUAUUCUGAUGAUAACUCUCCCCAUUGGACUGUAUUUUACAUCAAAGUCUUUUCUCUUUGAAGCCUUUCUGGGUUACUCUAGCAAUGACAGCUAUUUCUAUGCUGCCAUCGUUGCUGUGCUUGCCGUCCACGUGGUUCUGGCACUCUUUGUUUACGUUGCAUGGAAUGAAGGAUCACGCCAAUGGAGAGAGGGAAAACAGGAUUAACCUAAACUGGAAGCAGCAGGGAGAGAUGGAAACACACACAUGCCUCUCUUAUUGUAUUCUUAUGAACUAGAAUAUCAUAAUGCAGUAACACCAUCUCUCUCUGUGUGUGUGUAUGUGUGUUUACUUUUUUCUCCUGAAUGUCUCAACCUAUCAGCGAUAAGAAGCCUGAUUUCUUCUUUAUCUCAUGCUAUGGUCGAUGUCAUCUUUAGGUCUGGUUGGAGGUUGUGUCAGAAGGUUUUAGAUGAUAUUGUGUUUUUGUGCAGGGCUAAUUCAAGAUGGUAGAAAAGACAAGCUGUUCUCAUAAACAUUUAAUAUUCCCGCAUUGUCAUUAUCUGCCUCAUUUCAGCAUAGUCAAUAAAUGAAAUCAGUUGAUUCAGAACUGGAUUCAAGCUGUUGUUCUGUAUCAUUUUUAUGUCUUCCCUUCUAUUUUUUACCAAGAAUUAUGUAGAUAGUUGGUGAGUUCAAAUAAGUGGGUGUCUGUGGUUAAGUUUAAAAAAAAUCCAAUGUCAUUUCACGUUUUAUUUAUCAAUUAAUGCUGUUAAAGCUCUCAUUUUCUCUUGCUGUUAAAGCUCUCAUUUUCUCUUGAGUGUUUUAUAACAUUUUACAAUUAAAAUGACAUGUGGAGUGGGAUAUGAGUUAAUAUGUUCUGUAUUUUGGAUCUCCAUCUGCCCCCAAACACAUUUUAUACUUUGUGCCCUCUUUUAGGAUAAUAUGAUAGAAAGUGAUUAAUUAAAUAUCACAGCAUUAAUCAGAAUGUUGAGUUAGAUUGACCCAUGCCUGUAAUAUAUUUUAAUGAAUCGCACAAAUAUUUGAUGAUAACAUGGAAUCAACAAUUAAUAAACUAAAUCCUGAACCCUUCAA